AGAGGAAUUUGUUAAGGAGCCACUCCCUUUUCCUCGGGGUUUACUCCGACUGAAGACCGUCGACGUUCGUUCCCCUGAGGAUCAUUUGCAUCGUUUAUUCGUUGACCUGCGGAUCGGAGUUCGUUCAGCCUCAGCUGCCUCCACUUAAUAACUUGGCAAUAGGGAGAUUGGUCGACCGAAGUUGGAUGCCUAUGUUUUUCAAGAAUGGGAUUUUCCCAGAGGUUAAAGGCUUUUUGGAAAUGCUUGCUUUGCUUUCCAGUGUUGAUGUCUCUUCUGUACUUCAGUUCUCCGUCUUUGAGAGCUUUAGUGAUCUUUGCCCAUUUGCCUAUGGAGAGAUGUAACCUGGAGAGUGCUCAGGCUCUGCUUCGGGACAACAGCGUGGACGCUGGGCUCGACCUCGUGACGAGAAGUGACGUGCAAACAUGCACAUAUUGGAGCGCUCCCGUCAUCUGGGAGGGCAUGUUUGACCCUGUCCUUUACGACUCGAUGCACACUGAGGCGGGCUCCUCCGUGGCGCUGACAGUGUUUGCUGUCGGCAGGUACCUGGAUGCUUACCUCCCCGCCUUCCUGAACUCAUCAGAACGUCACUUCAUGCUGGGUUUGCCAGUGACGUACUACGUGUUCACAGACACGCCGGAAAAGGUGGCCGCCAUGCAGCUCCCCCCUCUGCGGAGCCUGAAGGUGAUCAGAGUGGAGAAGCACUCGAGGUGGCAGGACAUCUCUAUGAUGCGAAUGAAGAUCAUAUCGGACGUCAUAGAGACCGAUAUUCGCCAUCGCUGCACCCACGUCUUCUGCUUCGACGUGGAUCAGGUGUUCACCGGGAGAUUUGGCUCGGAGGCUCUGGGAAAUUCUGUGGCUCUACUCCACGCGUACUACUACCGCCUCCCGAAGAGCAUGUACACCUACGACCGCAACCCAAGGUCCAAAGCCUACAUGAAGACGGGGGAUUUCUACUACCACGCUGCCAUCUUCGGAGGCCUGUGUGAAAGCGUGAAAGCAAUAGCUGACGCCUGCUACCAGAGCAUCAUGGAGGACAAAGAGAAUAAUGUGGAGGCCCUGUGGCACGACGAGAGUCACCUGAACAAGUACUUGUGGCGUCACAAGCCGAGCAGGGUGCUGUCCCCUGAGUACUGCUGGGACCCGCUCAUCGGCAACGACAGCGACAUAAGAGUCACGCGACUGGAGUGGGCGCCAAAACGGUACAAGAACCUCCGCAGUGCUUAGUGCGUGUCCAACACUCAAAUACAAAAUCCAGUAUCCUUCUCACGGAUAUUUGAUAAAAACACUGUGUUUCUCCUCUGCUCUCACGUGAGGAAUCUGCCAACAACUGGGUUUCCUGUUGAGUUACAAUCUCCCAUUGAACGCCUGCCUUUUCAGAGAAUCAUGUUGUUUUCUCAAGACUCAAGUCAAGUCAGUGUUGGAACAAAAUAUUUUUGAUUAGUUAAUAUAUUAAACCGUGUUGAAAAUGGUAGAAGUCAUAUUUGGAAAGUUAAAGAUAAGAGACAAAUUUAUCUCGUACAGAAUUACUUAGCGUAUAUCUUUUUGCUUUGUAAUUUAUAUUUUAUUUUUUAGAUGUUUGACAUUAGAUAUAAGUUGAUGACGUUUAUGAGCUUCGUUUCUGACACAGAAACGAGACAUAUUUAAUUUACCCCCACUCUAUAUAAAGAUGUACUGCUUCCCAAAAGUGAAGUCAAAGUGUCUCGGUUCGCCCCCUGGUGGCUGGCUGCACCCACACUCCUCCAUGUGAGCAGAAUGGACUUGGAAGUAAAUGUCAAUUAAAGGACUUAUGUCAUUUACAGUAAUUAUCUUCACAUGGAAGUACGUCUUAGUGUACAUUUCUGGUAAGAUUAUUUUACUAUUUGAUGGAUUGAUUUUUUUUUUCUGGGGCCCUCAAACGCCCCUGUCAAGCUCCCGAAUAUUGAUUUGUCCGAACCACGCUUCACUUUCUUACUUAGGAGAACUAUUUGUUGCUCUUUGUAUGUGUAACCGCACUAUUGACCUCCAUAUCAUUUCAAUAUGUAAUUCUGAAAUUCAGACAAAUGUGUAGCCUGCGGGAAGUCAGUGAGUGUUCCGAUAUUUUGCAUUCAAGUUGCCCAACUUAAAGGAUUUGUCGGGGAGGCCUUACCCGGACGUUAAUCAGAUAUAAUAGCAUUUAUCUUUUAGCCACAGUCAGGACACUGGCAUCUUUUAAUUCUCAUGAGUAUGCUUACGAAGUCGAUUGCUGGAGAGAUGAAACUAUUCUUUUGUGCGUUUUAUUGACACAGAACACAAGCGGAGUUAUAUGAGUUAUUUUGAGUUAUGCAAUAAGUCAUAUCAUAUAUCAAAUCACAUCAUUAAGCCAAGUAGUGCUGUAAACACGUUUGUGCAUUUCUAAGGUCAUCGUCAAUUCUUGUAAAUGUUGCAUUUUAAUAUUGAGUGUUUAUGAUUGUUUGGACAAAGGGGUUAAAUGUUUAACUGUCACUGAAAAGAAGCUGUAAAACAGUUGAUUCAUCUGCAGGAAGCAGCUCAGACUGGAUUUUUCUUCAAACUGUUACUGGAUUGAUAAGAUGUUGCAGCCAAUGCAUUUCAGGAAUCGGUGGUUUAAACUGAGCAAGAGGCUGUAAACGGUGAAUGGAUUGUGUUUUUUUAACUUUCCUAUACUUAACAACCAUUACCUAAAAUGACUGUUCACUACAUACCCACUGUUUCAAGCCGUAUUUCCAAAGUGACUUCAAAAAAUUGUUUUAUUUAAUGUUUUUUAUUAUAAAUAGUUCAAUUUUUAAUUAAAUGUAUUAUAAAUAUGACGAACAUUAACUCUCUAAAGAAGAGCUGUCAGUGAAGGUUCAGUUCGAGAAAUUGUUGUGCUGAGAGUAAAUUAAAUUAAGCUGAAAAGGAA